UUGGCUUGGCUGGAGCUAAGAUCCAGACACGCUGUUGUGUGGACUUGGGUGACAUCUUCCUGUGCUAGAAGCUGAAUAAGCUCCUUGACUCUCAUGGAACAUUCUGGAACGCAUAAACAGGAGUCCAAGCCACUCUGCAGUGAGACGUCUCUCCAGGACUCCUGGGGGCCAGAGGAGGUAUUUCCCUGUUGACUAGAGAGGUGAAGCAGCAGAGACGGGGAAAGUGGUGAAAACAGCUCUCGAAGGUGCAGCGGACGGUCAGCAGGGGGUCAGCACCACCACGUGGCUGCUAGCAUCGGCGAGAGAAACAGCAGCCACCAGACUCCAGAGCCACUGAGACACUGCCACCCACCGCAGGUCUAGAGACAACGGGAGGUGCUGAGCUCUUGCCACUGGGCAGUGAGGGUUAUUGGUCCAGAAGACUGAGGCUGCUCUUGGAGUGACCUGACCCAGGUUCCAUUCCCUGGUGGGUUAUAAGUUUGGAAGCUCCUCCAGGAUAGUCUCAGUCCUGAGGCAGUGCCCAUCUGCACCACAAACUAAUUGGUACCCCUAGGGUCAGAGCGAGUAAAUAUUCGGGACGAUGGCACUGGCACUGCUGGAGGACUGGUGCAGGAUAAUGAGUGUGGAUGAUCAGAAAUCGCUGAUGGUUAUGGGGAUACCAGUGGACUGUAAUGAGGCUGAGAUUCAGGAGGUUCUCCAGGAGACUUUGAAGUCUCUGGGCAGGUAUAGACUGCUUGGCAAAAUAUUCAGGAAGCAGGAGAAUGCCAAUGCUGUGCUAUUAGAGCUCAUGGAGGAUAUUGAUGUCUCAGUGGUCCCCAGCGAGGUUCAGGGAAGGGGGGGCAUCUGGAAAGUGAUCUUUAAGACCCCCAACCAGGACACUGAAUUUCUUGAAAGACUGAACCUCUUUCUAGAAAAAGAGAGACAAACAGUCUCUGGUAUGUUCCGGGCCCUUGGCCAUGAGGGAGUGUCUCCAGCCACAGUUCCCUGCAUAUCACCGGAGUUAUUGGCCCAUUUGUUGGGACAGGCAAUAGCACAUGCCCCUCAGCAUCUGCUCCCCAUGAGAUACCGGAAACUGAGGGUGUUCUCAGGGAGCGCUGUGCCCACCCCGGAGGAAGAGCCCUUUGAAAUCUGGUUGGAACAGGCCACUGAGAUAGUCAAAGAGUGGCCAGUAGCAGAGGCAGAAAAGAAAAGGUGGUUGAUGGAAAGCCUGCGUGGCCCUGCCCUGGACCUCAUGCAUAUAGUGCAGGCAGACAAUCCGUCCAUCAGUGUGGAGGAGUGUUUGGAGGCAUUUAAGCAAGUGUUCGGAAGCCUAGAGAGCCGCAGGACCUCUCAGGUGAAAUAUCUGAAGACCUAUCAGGAGGAAGGCGAGAAAGUCUCAGCCUAUGUGUUACGGUUAGAAACCCUGCUCCGGAGAGCCGUGGAGAAGCGGGCCAUCCCUAGGAAUAUCGCAGAUCAGGUCCGCCUGGAGCAGGUCAUGGCUGGGGCGAGCCUUAGUGAAAUCCUUUGGUGCAGGCUCAGGGAGCUGAAAGACCAGAGGCAGCCUCCCAGCUUCCUUGAGUUAAUGAAGGUAAUCCGGGAAGAAGAGGAGGAAGAGGCCUCUUUCGAAAAUGAGAAUAUUGAAGAGCCAGAUGAAGGGGACGGCUAUGGCCACUGGGACAAUGAGGCAGAUGACUAAAAACCAACUCAGAGGGAGACCCACAGCCUGUGGGCCUGGGGCCAUUCCCUGUACCAGGCUAAGACCUUGUCAGUAUUUUUUUCUUUAAUGUACGCAAUUGAAAUCAAGGCAUUCAAGCCAGGUCUUGAUUCUUCUUUCUAAAAAAAUAAAAAUCUGAGAGUUUGUUGGACCCUACAUAGAUUAUUAAUAAACAAAAGAUUAAAUUCCAAAUAUUAGACAGUAAGCCUGAAGGAAUCUGAAGCACUUCAGGUUUCCUUUAAAUACCCCCAAAUAGACCCAAGUUUACCCACACCAUGCUAAGA